UUGAAAAUGUGAAUAAUAUAAUUUAUAUUACAAUAAUAUAAUUAAUAUAAACGGUUGUGAAAUGGAAAUACAAGAUAUACAAUGGUUUAAUUAUGCUAACGAGGUUCAUUAUAGAAAAGUGUUACUUGUAUAUUUAGCCACUUUAUUACACAAAAAGAACAAAAAACACAGAUCAAAACCCAGAUGGCAUAUUAAACCAUUUUUAAAAGAAAGGAGAGUACAUGGGCAUUGGCAUUGUUUGACAAGUGGACUGCAAUUAACAAAUUCAGAACUGUACCAAAACUUUAUAAGAAUGUCUGCUAGUACAUUUGAAGAACUGGUGUGCGUAGUCGGACCCAAAAUAAAGAGAUUUCCAAGUCGGCCUGAUAUAUUAUCGGUUGGAGAAGUCCUAACUGCAACUUUGCGGUAUCUUGCCUCUGGCGAAUCAAUGAUGUCGAUUAUGUACUCUUUUCGUAUAGGGAAGGCUACUGUAUCUAAAUUAAUCUUACAAUGUUGUGAAGUUUUAUGGGAUACUUUAAAUAAAAAGGUAUUAGUUGUACCAGUUACUAAUAAAUGGGCAAAAAUAGCUGCUGAGUUUGAAAACAAAUGGCAAGUACCAAAUUGUGUAGGCAGUAUUGAUGGUAAACAUAUAAUACACCAGGCAUUUGCAAAUAGUGGAUCUGAAAACUAUAACUAUAAAGGAUCACAUAGUAUAAUACUGUUGGCAAUGUGUGAUGCCAGUUAUAACUUUACAAUAGUAGACAUUGGUGCAGCUGGAAGAUGUAGUGAUGGCGGAGUUUUCUCCAACUCUGAAAUGGGCAAGGGUUUUUUUCAAAAUAAUUUAAAUUUCCCAACUGCUAAAGAUAUAGAUAGUGCCAGUGGUCCUAUUUCAUACUACGCACUUGGCGAUGAAGCGUUUCCACUACUAACUAAUCGUAUGCGCCCUUACCCAGGAAGAGGUAAAAGAAAAUUGCCAUUUAACGAAUCAAUAUUUAACUAUAGACUUUCCAGAGGCAGACGUACAAUUGAAAAUACUUUUGGAAUAAUGGCCUCAAAAUGGCGCAUUUUUAGAAAACCAAUUAUAGCCGGGCAAAAUACUGUAGAAGCAAUUACAAAAGCUGCCGUUGUACUACAUAAUUUUAUUAAAAUGUCAGAAAACAAUGCUGGUGUACGGUAUUGUAGUGGCCCUUUGGACAUUGAACUUGAUCAAAACAAUCAAUGGAGAACAGAAGAAAUGGGAGCUUUAAGACCAGUACACCAGUUAGGAACCAAUACCUAUUCAGCAAAUGCUAAGCUAACACGAAAUAAACUUAAGGAUUAUUUUUCAAGCGAAGGUGCAGUUGCAUUCCAAUAUGAAAGAUUGUAAAUAAUGUUGUAAAUAAACUUUGAAUGUUAAAAAUGUUUGCAAA